CUCAUGCGCCGGGAUGCCAGGGUGCUGUAGGGUAAACUUCUGCCUCUGAGGCUAGGUGGUACCAAUGCUCUUUACACAAGUCCAUGAAUGUUGCGUGGUUGGUCAAUGAGUUCAAGUGCUUCGGUCUGAUCGGGCGAGCAGUCCCCUGGAGGGGAAGCAGCUGGGCGACGCUGGGCGCCGUGUGGGCUCAUGCAGACAAAGCACACUCUGACUCCACUUUGUAUUGUUUUGCUCUAGCAGUUUCACGCUACAUCUGAACCGCUGUAUCAUAUUAGCUGGCUCGGUAUUCUCGGCAACACUAAAAGACUGAGGCGCUUCGCUCCAGGACCUCGCUCGCUGCCCUUGCAUCGAUUGAGGUUAACUUGAGACAUCCUACUCACGUAUAUCUCAUCCUGUUAGCUUGCUGCGUUGCGCAUUUGCGCUGCAAGGCUCGAGACGAUGGCGGGGCGAGACGGCCUGUCGAACGUGUGGCAGCAAACGGAAGCGGAUGUAGAGGCCAUGCGAGCACAUGUACAAGCGGUGAUAUCGGGCGGCAGCAACGAGGCCGCUGAGAAGGCGGCUCUGGAGCAGCUGCGGCAGCUGGCGGCCCGCGUCAAGCUGUUCUCCAACCUUGCCCGCACGGCCAGCCAAGAGCAGGAGCGCCAGGCAUCAGCCGCCACCAGCCAGGCAGUAGCACACAUGGCGGCGGCGGCGGUGGUGCAACACCAGCAACAAGGACAGCAAGCGCAGGGUCAGGCUCAGGGCCAGGCAGGGUCGGAGCAAGCGAUGGAGGCGGCCAAGCAGCACCUGCGGGCCAUCCAGGCGGUGGCGGCGGCGCAGGCGGCCAAGGCGGCAGCGGCACGGAUGAGCCCGGAUGCCAUGAAGGCGGCGGUGGCGGGUGCGGCGUCGGGACUGGCGGCAAGGGCCGGGGCGGAGACGCAAGCAGAAGCAGCAGCAGCAGCGGCGGCGGCUGUAACGCCGGGCGAGGCGGCGGCUCAGCAGCAGCCGGCCCUGUUCGCGACCGCCUUCAACGCGGCGCAGCUCCAGGCGGCGGCGCAGCAGGCGGCGCUCGUACGUGCGCAGUUGGCGCGCCAGCAGCAACAAGCAGCGGGAGUCGGGGCGCCCGGAGCUCCAGCGGUGAUAGGGAAACCUGCAGGAGAGUAGUGUAGUGGGAUGAGAGAUUGACGAUGGGGUAUCGGCGGUCCCAGGGCCCAAAGCGUGGGGCCAAAGCCACGCGAGGAAGGCCGAGAGUGUUAUGUGCUGGUGGUGCUGCUAUUGACGUUAUCCCUUGCACGUUGAUAGCGCUGUCUGCCGGCGUUGUAUGAGACUUGAAGUCAGGGGCGAGGCGGUGAGGAGGGCGAGGCGGCAGGGCGGGGGCUGCGGCGUGACCCCACUUGGCCCGAUGUGGGGUACGGCUGGUCUCGAGCGCGCUGCCAAGUGCAGGCGACUUUCUACGUGAGUCCUUACUUUAAGUCCUGACGAUCCUCAGGCAACCACUCGCUCAGCGC